UCCGUGUGAGCGCAAUGAAUACUGCCGGAGUCAUUGAUGAGGCGGAAAAGUCAAGACAUCGCCCGUUUUUGAUUGGGGUUAGCGGAGGAACGGCCAGUGGAAAGUCUACUGUUUGCGCCAAGAUCAUGGAGCUUCUUGGCCAAAACAAGGUGGACCACCGCCAGAGGAAGGUAGCCAUCAUCAGCCAGGACAGCUUCUACAAAGUCCUGACCCCAGAUCAGAAAACCAAAGCUCUCAAAGGCCAGUACAACUUUGAUCACCCAGAGGCAUUUGACAAUGAAUUAAUGUACAAAACUUUAAAGGACAUUGUGGAAGGGAACGUGGUUGAAGUGCCAACGUACGACUUUGUCACCCACUCCAGGUUGGAAGACAGAAUCACAUUUUACCCAGCGGAUGUGGUCCUCUUUGAAGGAAUCCUGGUUUUCUACCCCCAGAAAGUGCGUGAAAUGUUUCACAUGAAACUCUUUGUGGACACGGAUUCAGAUGUUCGUCUGUCUCGCAGAGUCCUUCGAGACAUGAGCAGAGGGAGAGACCUGGAUCAGAUUCUCAAUCAGUACACAACAUUUGUAAAGCCUGCUUUUGAGGAGUUUUGUUUGCCUACCAAGAAAUAUGCAGACGUCAUCAUUCCAAGGGGAGUUGAUAAUAUGGUGGCCAUCAACCUCAUCGUGCAGCACAUCCAAGACAUUCUGAACGGUGACAUUUGCAAAUGGCAGCGUGCAUCUUCUACUGGACGAGGCUGCAAGCGGGUGACUUCUGAGCAGGGCGAUCUGCUGAACGGAUCCAACCCGCCAACAAAGAGGGUUCUGCUGGAGCCCAGCAGUCGGCCCCACUGAUACG